AUGGAUGAAUUUCCAUUAUCCAGGCCAUUUUCAUUUAGGUUAGAUUACUGUUAUAAUUGCAUUAUAUUCAUUCAUUGUAAUCAAGCUUUUGCGAAUGCAGAUAAUGGCGGUGGAAUGGAUCCGCAUAAAAUGCGUGGGUGUAUGUCUUUUGGGUAUUCUGAUAAAAGCAGGGAGGCUGACUCUAUAGGCGAAUAUGGAAACGGGUUUAAGACAAGUACCAUGAGGGUCGGGGCAGAUGUGAUUGUCUUUUCCCGCAGCAAAGGGAAAGAUAAUAUGAGCCCUACACAAAGUAUUGGAUUGCUGUCCUACACAUUUUUGAGAGCAACAGGAAAGGAAGAUAUUGUGGUUCCCAUGAUUGAUCUUGAGAAGAGAGGGCAAGGUUGGGACAAGAAGAUUAGAUCCUCUUUGAAUGAUUGGAAUGCCAAUUUAGAUAUCAUAUUGCAAUGGUCACCAUUUGCAAGUGAAGAAGAUCUUAAUCAGCAGUUCAAUUCCCUGGAAGAUCAUGGAACACGAGUCAUAAUUUAUAAUCUUUGGGAGGAUGAGGAGGGAACAAUGGAACUUGAUUUUGAUGCUGAUCCACAUGACAUACAAAUAAGAGGAGUGAAUCGAGAUGAGAAGAGUAUACAAAUGGCAGAAACAUAUCCCAAUUGCAAGCAUUUCUUGACCUACAAACAUUCAUUAAGAAGUUAUGCAGCAAUUCUCUAUCUGAAACUUCCAAUUGGCUUCAAAAUUGUCUUACGUGGAAAGGAUGUUGAACAUCAUGACAUAAGUGAUGACAUGAUGCUAGCAGAGGAUAUAACAUACAGACCUCAAUCAGGGAAUAAUCUGAAUGUAAUUCCAACCAAACCUAACAUGCUGUCUUGUUCGUUUAUUCUGUUGUUAAUUCCUCUUCUGCUGCCUCAGGUCAACACUGAUUUUAAUUUGCUGUGCUGAUCUCUCUUUCCACUUCAGGUGGUUGCAAAAGGCAAGAUUGGCUUUGUGAAAGAUGCUCAUCACCACAUUGAUAUUCAGGGAUUUUGUAUCUAUCAUAGGAAUCGACUCAUUAAGGCUUACUGUAGACUAUGGAAUGCUGCUGGAAGUGAUGGUCGUGGGGUGAUAGGCGUGUUAGAAGCAAAUUUUGUUAAACCAGCUCAUGAUAAACAAGGUUUUGAGCGUACAGAUGUGCUGCAAAGACUAGAGCUUAGACUGAUUGAUAUACAGAAGAGAUAUUGGAGUAGAAAUUGCCAUGAGAUUGGUUAUGCUCCAAGGUGCAAUGUAAGGAGCCGCACUUCUUCAAGCACAAAACGCUCAAAUACUAAAGGACAGUGCUCUACUAGUGCUGCUAAUAAACUGCCAGCGGUUGCAAUUAGUCUAAACCAACCAAGUUCUACCACUGGUGAUCAAAGAUGUGCACCAACUAAUGCAGUUAAUCUGGCCGGACAAGGCUCUGCAAAUACUAGUAGGACACCCUUUUCUUCUGCACAAGGCCGUCGCGAUUGGACUGCAAGCAUAAGAAGUCAGCAGAUAUCCACAGAUUCGCAUUCUACCCAGCAAGCUUACAUCAGUCAAGGACAUACUAAUAUCGAUACAGAGAGAAUAAAUACCAUGAAAGCAAAGGAGGGUCCUGAAUCAAGUGAGAGGUUGAAUGGACGAACAGCAAACAUGAUGGAUGUUUGUAUCAAGUCUUUACAAUCGGAAAGGGACAAUCGGCGAAAACUUGCAAGUCAGCUUGAGGAGAAAACCAAUGAGCUUGAAGCUGAAAAAGAGAAAUUAAACGAGUUGGAUCAAAUAAAUUAUCUUCUGAUUAAUGCACUACAGGAAGAAAGGAAUGCAUUUGCUCAAGAGAAGAAGGUGUUGGCAGACAAAUUAGAGGAUGCUUUGAAGGAAAUUGAUGAGCUGAAAGAGAGGGUGAGGCAACCAGAAGAUAGCAAAUUAAAGAGCUGUAAAACUGAGCAGCAGUGAUUUCCAAUCUCCAAUAUUUUUCUUUAGCCUUUUUUUUUGGGUCCCCAAUUGGGGAAAAGGUAUAAUUUUGUAGGGAAAGUAAUUAAUAUUUUAUAUUACA